AUGCUGUGCUCCAUCUGUAUGCAAAUAGCUGAGGAGUGCCGAGGCAGAUACUUUCGCACAGGUCGCCAUCAUUCCACACUUGGACAGCUUCGGGCCGCUGCGAAGCGGAGGUGCGGGCUUUGCAUUAUCCUAUAUGAACAUUUGGAAAUUCAAAGCGGCCACCUCGAAGAGGUCUACCUGGCUGACCCAUUGACAUACGAGUUCAGAAACGAGCCAGUUGAAGAUGAUGACCCUUACCUCACUUUUAAGGGCGCUGGACGUCAACCUCUUACAACGGUGUACAUUUUACUGGCAAAUUUGGUAGCCCCAACAAGUUACGCACGGUGGUUGCAGAAAGACGCAGAGCUGUUGAACCUGAUGUUACCAAAUACCCCCAAUGACAAACUACACCCAACAGCUAUGGACACUGGGAGUCCUCAAGUCGCCCAGUUAGCCACGAGAUGGUUCAGGGACUGUCAACGCACUCAUAAAAGCUGCGGUUUGGCCAUAAAACCCAGUGACGGGCACCUUAAUCACAGUCGUGAUUGGUACCCGGAUAGAUUAUUGGAUCUAACCAAAGAUGUUCCAAGACUACUCAUCACUCGGGAGGAGAAACCAUCUAGUACACAGUACGCAACACUGAGCUAUUGUUGGGGUCCAAAUCCGAGACACCUCAUUCUGACCUCUGACAAUUUGCCCAAAAUGCGGCAAGGCAUUCCGAUGAAAUCACUCCCCAAAACCUUCAGAGAUGCUAUCCAGAUGGUACGCAAGCUUGAGAUACGUUAUCUAUGGAUCGACUCUCUAUGUAUUAUUCAGUCUGGAGAAGCCAGUAGAGAAGACUGGGAGCUGCAAUCCAUGGCUAUGAGCACAAUUUACGCCCGCAGCACUAUCAAUAUCUCUGCAGAUUGGGCGUCCGAUGCUACAGAAGGAUGUUUCAGUGAUCGCGAUGUCGACGUUUUUAAUUCAAUCUUCUUCACAUGGGAAGAUGAGCAUCACGCAUUUGUGGACCAGGGGAUCUUCCAGAGACUGUCAUCAACGCCAAUUUGGCGACGAGGAUGGGUGGUGCAAGAACGGCUUCUAUCCCGUUGCGUGCUCCAUUUCGGGCGGGACCAGAUCUUUUGGGAAUGCCAAGAAGUACCUUUCGCAUGCGAGAGUUUCCCAGGUGAAAUGGACAUAUGGACAUUCGUUGAUACAAUCCCGUUCAACUUGGCACUUCCUGUGCUCGGUCGGUCCGGGGGAGCAAACUGGUCAGAUCUUGUGAGGCUGUACAGCAGCCGCGAACUGAGUUUUCCGUCAAAUGACAAGUUUGCUGCCCUCGGAGCGGUUGCAGAAGUAUACUCCGACCUUUACCACGAUGAAUAUGUAGCUGGCCUGUUUGCAAGUGAACUGCCGGCAGCAUUAUGUUGGCGAGUUGUUGACGCAGGCACAACGCCCAAUAUUCUUCGGAGCAGCGAAUUUCGUGCCCCGUCAUGGAGCUGGGCCAGCAUCGAUGGGGUUGUGGAUGUGAAGGUAGACUAUUCGUUUGAUGACGAGUAUGGCACAGGUGAUACGAUUCAUAGUGCGGUGAGAGACGUGAAUAUCGACCUGCUUCGCCCACAGUUUAAGACCGGGCCAGUGCUCGCAGCGCGAAUCACGUUGGAAGGCAGUUUCUUCACCAAGAAGUUCCAUGAAGAACUAUUCAACCUCUUGUCAGGACGGACUGAUAUUCUAAAUAACAACCAAACGAUAAAGCUUGAUGUAAUAAUGGAUUCCACUACCCCAGGCGCAAAGUCAGACUCAGUUGUUUUCUUCCCAAUCAUUUCUAACAAUGUUGGAUAUCGAGGAAUCAUCUUGAACCAUCAUAUCACACCUUCGGAAGAGACAUAUUCUAGAGUUGGAUAUUUUUCUGUUCACGAAACGAAAUUGUUCUGGGAGCGGAAUGAUGUGCUGGACAUGAAGCGGAUAAUAACUUUGAUAUAG